GGGAAGAAGCUGGAGCGUUUAUCUGUUUUUGUUGUUUGUUUUAUUCGUGCUCUAUUUUUUAAACGUACGAUUGAGUUCUGAAGACCAUCGCGCGCAGAAGUUCUUCGGCGGCAUUCUGCCUGGUGACAUCAAAGACGCAAGCUGCUCAUCACAAUCGCCCCAAGAUGAAAGUUAUCACUGCGUUCCUGUCCGUCUUCGUCCUGUGUUCAGCUGAAGAUGAUGACAAACUAACGGUCGCAAGCAAUGAUCUUGGUAUGCGCCUGCUCCCUCUGCUACCAAGCUCUCCCGAGGAAAAUAUCUUCUUCUCGCCCUACAGUCUUUCAAUAGCGAUGGGAAUGGCCUACGCCGGAGCAGGAGGGGAGACACGACAAGAACUUCACGAGAACCUGGGCUACUCCAGGGCUGGUCUUCCGGAAGAGCAGGUCUUGGAUGCGUACGCUCGUCAGACUCAGCGACAUCUGUCUGAUCCGUCUAACACUACGGUGGACGUCGCCAACACAGCGGCCAUUCAUUUAGGGCUGCCCCUUCUGAACGAGUAUGAGGCAAUACUGAGGAACUCCUUCAAUGCCGAUCUGCAAAAAGUUGACUUCGUAGAAAAUGGACAGGGGGCUGUUGACGUCAUCAACAGUUGGGUCAAGGACAAGACUCAUAACAAGAUUGAGAGUCUCUUUAGCGAGCCCCUGGAUCCGCUUACACGAUUUGUUUUGCUGAAUGCCAUGUACUUCAAAGGAACUUGGAAGACUGAGUUUCAGAAGAGACGUACCGGACAAAGGUCGUUCUUUAACGGUGGCGUAACUCAAGCACAAGUUGACACCAUGAUCGGCAAGAUUCGUAUUCGUCACAACAGCUUCAACGAUAUGAGUGUGGACGUUGCAGAAUUGCCCUACCGUGGUGGUGACUAUAGCAUGGUCAUCCUGCUGCCCCAAGAGAAAACCGGUGUAGAGGCGCUGAAGAUGAACCUUACGGCCGGAAUUCUCAAGACUAUCCUAGAUCGUCUGGUGCAACGCGAUGUUACGGUAUUUCUGCCAAAGUUUAAGUUUGAAAGCAAGUACUCACUGAAGGAAAUUCUUCAGAAUAUGGGCAUCAGGAGAAUCUUUGGCGGCGGUGCUGAUCUUUCCGGAAUCUCUGGAGACACGAGCCUGCAUGUGUUCGACGUGGUGCAGAAGGCGGUUGUCGAGGUCAACGAAGAAGGCACCGAGGCGGCGGUGGUGUCGGCAGUGAUCGGUGGACUCAGGAGUGGCAGCUUUAGCGGUUUCGAAUUCGAGGUCGACCAUCCUUUCCUCUUCUUCAUUCGAGACACGCGCUCAAACGCCAUCCUUUUUGUGGGGCAAGUGAACCACCUCUGAGACAACCAAGUGUUAUUGAGAUAUUGGUCUCAACGAUGACAAGUUUGCUGCAACACCUGGCCCAAAAUGAGCGAUUACGUAAUAAAGGUACAAGCAAACAGCA